AUGAUGUUUCAAUUUUACCGCAAAAACAAGGAGACAGAAGAAGAAGAAGAGAUUGUGCGCGGAAACACGGAGCAGCAACGUUUUCAAUACUUCGAAACCCACAGAAGUUUAAAAAAUAAACCAAACCUCGAUUGCCUCGUUUAGAGUAUUUUAUUAAUAUCUUCUUUAUACGCAUCAGAAGUUCGUUGUGGUUGCUUUUAUUAUGCAACUUAUGUCGUAAGAAGUGGCUUCAGGGCCUCCACGAGGUCGCUCCCGCUUGGUUCUGAUUAUCAUAUUUUGGAAAUUUAAGUUCAAGAAUGUCCAGCUUUAACUUCGGCACAAGUACCCUCGGCUCCACCGGCACCGGAGGAGGGUUCUCACUUGGAGCCGCGAGCAGUGCACCUGCUGCAGGUACGAGUGGAUUUGCAUUCGGAGGAUUUGGCACGCCGACGUCCACUCCGGCCACCACCAGUACCACCUCCACACUGGGAUUUGGGUCUAGUUUAUUUGCCCAGAAACCAGCAACUGGAAUCAGCUUUAACACACCUGCCUCAGGGGCUGCUGCAUCCACUACUGGCCUUACUUUAGGGAGUCUUACCACCUCUACCGCUGCUUCCACUGGAUUCAGCCUGGGCUUCGGAAAGCCAGCAGCCUCCGCUGCACCUUUCUCACUGACAGCCACCACCUCUGCAGCACCAGGCACUGGCCUGACUCUGGGAUCCGUCCUGACCUCCACAGCCCCUCAGACCAGCUCCACUGGCUUCUCCCUCAACUUAGGUGGAGCUGCCGCCACUUCCUCCGCUCCUGCCUCUGGUUUUUCUUUUGGUUCCAGUCUUUUUUCCAACCCCUCCUUGACAGGUUUGGGACAGUCCACUUUAGGUGGACCUCUGAGUCUGGGUGGUUUAGUCGCGACCACCUCUGCCCCUGCGCUCAGUCUUGGCCUGGGUGGAGUAGACUUCAGUACUUCCUCUGAAAAGAAUACUGACAAGUUAUCCAGCACCAGACCAGAAGACAGUAAAGCCCUCAAAGAUGAAAACCUGCCAGGUCCAAUCUGUCAAGAUGUGGACAACUUUCAGAAAUUUGUCAAAGAACAGAAGCAAGUCCAGGAAGAGAUCAGCAGGAUGUCUUCUAAAGCCAUUCUCAAAGUGCAAGAGGACAUCAAGACACUCAGACAGCUCCUGUCCGUCUGUGCCAGUGGGCUGCAAAGAAAUUCACUGUCCAUAGACAAACUGAAGUUGGAAACUUCUCAGGAAUUGAAGAAUGCCGAUAUCGCACUACGCACCCAGAAGACGCCUCCUGGACUCCAACAUGAGAACACGGCGCCUUCCGAUUAUUUCCGGGCUCUGGUGGAGCAAUUUGAGGUGCAGUUACAGCAGUACCGUCAGCAGAUUGAAGAACUGGAGAAUCAUCUGACCACGCAGGGCAGUGGCUCCCACAUCACCCCUCAAGAUUUGUCCCAGGCCAUGCAGAAACUCUACCAGACGUUUGUUGCACUUGCUGCACAGUUGCAGGGAGUUCAUGAGAAUGUUAAGACUCUCAAACAUCAGUAUCUGGGCUACAGACGAGCUUUCCUCGACGACUCCACUGACAUAUUCGAGUCAAAACGUGUUAUCGGCAAGAAAUGGCAGAGCUCUCCGCACGUCACCACAGGCCCCGCCCCCUUCGGCAGUGUUCCCAAUGCAGCAGCUGUUGCCAUGGCUGCCACUCUCACUCAGCAGCAGCAGCCGGCUCCAGGACCACAGGCAUCCUUGGGGGCCAGUUUUGGCACUCCCUUUUCCUCUGGUAUUGGCACUAGCUUGGGCUCAUCCAGCCUCGGAGCAUUUGGUAGCGGCCCUGGGUUUGGGGGCGUGGCAACAGGAGGUUUGUCGUACGGGUUUUCCUCUAGCAAGCCAUCUGGAGGAAGCCUGAGCGCAGGGUUUGGAACAUCGAACACUUCUGGCUUCAACUUCAGUAAUCCUGGAAUUAAUGCAUCAGCUGGGUUGACCUUUGGAGUUUCCAACACGCAAACUCCUGGAUUUGGGACAGGAGGGCCACUGCUACAGCUAAAAAAACCACCAGCGGGAAAUAAGAGGGGCAAGAGAUAAAACAGCAAGUUGAUAUAGGGGUAAAGGGAAAUUUCACGUGGUAAAGAUGAUGUGUGUCUCAGAUCUCUAUUUUUAUAUAUAAACAUGUAUGUGUACAUAUAUAUUUUCUCUGUUGGAUACCAUUAAAGGUUUUUUGAGAUUCUGUUCGGUUCUCCCUUGUACCCCUGUGACUAUGCUGUGUUGUUUGGUUUAUCGUUGUCGGAAUUGUGUAAGAUCUAAUGGAGCAUAUUUUGUGAAGGGAUUUCAAUGUAGAUGCUCUCGGUAUUGAAGAUACUCUUGAACUAAGUUUACCUGUGUCUUAGUGGAUUUAUUUUAAACCAUAUGCUCUGUGAUUGUAAAUGUCAUCCCAUCCCAUUAAGAUGAUCUGUUAUUGCUUUCCCUGGUUACUUGUACCAAAUAGAUGUCAACAUGUAUAAGAACGUUCAAUAUGUAUACUUUUGUUUGUCUCUUUUUGUUACCAAAUAGUGGGGGGGGGGAUUUCUACACUUAAGCAGACUUUGUGCAAACAAGUAUUUUUCGACUUGAAAUGAAGUGUUUGUUAUUAAAAGAUGCGACAAC